AUGCCUCCCCUCAACGGAGAAGAAGGAGAUUUUAUCUCUGCCCUCAACAUGGAAGUACAACCUCAACCUGAACCUCCAUCUGCAAUCCCCAGCCCAAUUACGCCCGAUCUCAACCCGGACACCCCGAAAACCCUCGUCGCGCGCGCCCCCACAAAAACCUACAACCCCGGCGAAGGCUCGAUAAACCCCGAAUCAAUCCACAAUGGCGGCCUGAUGGCGCUCUUUGCACUUCUCGGCGCAGCCUUCGUCAUCGCAUCGAUCUGGUUCUUUUUUUGGGCCAGGAAUGGCGGGUUCGUCUGGCGCAAGGGUGAUUGGGAGGAAUACAAGUCUACCGUUCUGCGACGGAAGGGGCCAGACGGACGGACUUUAAGUAAUGCGACGAAAUCGACGGAUCUAGGCGGGGGGUCUAUUGUUGAUCGGCGGUUUCGGGAUGAUUUUCCGGAUCAUGAUGGGGAAAGUCUGGGGUAUAGCUAUACCUACACUUAUACGGAUGAGACGGGGACUGUGGGGAACGAUCACGAGCAUGAGAAACGGUCGCAGGCCGCUGGUACAGAGGGGAAAGGGUGGAAGCAGAGACUGCGUGAGACGGCCAGACAGAAGUUCAUGAGGAGGCGGAAUCGGGAUGAGGAGGAGCAUCAGCCGUGGGGGGAGAAGGAUGUUGUUGAUGAGGAUGUUAGGGCUUAUCGGAAUGAGAAGCCUGCUCAGGUUGGUGGGAUGAAUAGGCAGUUUGAGGGGACGUAUCAUGGGAGUGAUUAUGAUUCGAGUUAUUUCAGCCAGAGUCAGACUCAGAGUGAGAUGACGGAACGUCGGGACUAUGCAUAUCCCGCUGGUCAGACUGCUCGUUCGCAGAGUCAUCGCAGCCAUGGUCAUUCUCAGUCUCAGAGGAGGGAUUUCUCCUUCGCGCCUGAAAGUGAGGAUAUCGCUAGUCAGAUCCCAUCGGAGACACAGAGAUUGCACGAGCAUGAUCACGAACACCCUUCAUCUCCACCGUGGAGGAAUAACCGUCGUCGCGAAAGAGAGCGCAGAAGAGAAAUGGCCCGUGAGAGAGCUAUGCAACGAGAACGAGAUCGUGAAAGAGAAAGAGAACACGACCGCGAACCCAGUCCUCGCAAGCGCGAUCGCAGAUCCGUCCCGGGCCAUUAUUCGGAGCCGUUAGACUUUUCCUCGACUCAAUCCCGAUCCGAGUAUCAGUAUUCCAGCGUCGACAUGGAUGAUGGCACGGGGACGAAGAGCUACCAUCACCCUAUUCCGGGCUUGACCAAGGGGUAUCGGCGUGAUGGUGGUGGGAGGAGGCGGAGGGACAGUUUGGAUGAUAGUGAUUGA